AUGAUCUGUUACAUUUUUGUUUCACUAUGUCUGUUCACUUUCUUCUCAACUACUGAUGGAAUCAAUUGUGUAUCAUGCGUUGGAUGGAGCAAUUCAGGAUGUAACGAUCCAUUCGAUGAAGCAACAUCAGGCGAUCUUCCAGUCCCUGGUAACACAUAUUGUUUAAAAGUUGUGUAUCCAAGUUACGUUGAACGUAUGGCUGGCGGUCGAACUUGCACACCCGGAGGUGGUCCGGGCGGUAGCACACGAUAUUGCUGUUCGGAUCAAGACUAUUGCAAUGGAAUAAUCCGAUUCGGUGCAUCGACAAUCGUUGUCAGUCUUUUACUAAUCAUUGUGUUAUGUGUUUCAUCAAAUUAA